CAGUACUUUUAGGGGGCCAUAAAAUAUGACUUUUUGUUCGGGUCAAAAUUUGAGAAAAUGUUCUUCAUGGAAGUUGUAGAGGACGUUAAACCGAGCGCGUGCAUAUGUGGUAUGUAAAAAUCGGAGUUCGUAUACGAAAGUUAUGGCCAAAAUACUAAAGUUACUGUUCAUAGUAAGUUUCUAUAAAUAGCUGAGUUACUGUGGUAAGUUUCCAUUUUCGGAAACUUACCGAGCCUCUUCCCGAUUCUCUCUUCCUCUCCGACCUCUUCACCUUCUUCCGGCCAUAACUCCUCCAUCCGGCGACGGAUUUUGACGUCAACGAGAAGAAGAGGACGGUCACUGUAGCAGUUUUGAGUCAACGCCGAUAUUUUCCGAUUCCGGCAGUCUCCGGCCACCAAAUUGGCGUCGAAGGGUUCUUGGAAUUUCUGGAAAAUUUUCACCGGCCAAAUUGGAGCUCUUCCAGGGCAAUGCCGCGAGCUACGGUUAAAUGAAGGAACUCGUUUGCGUGGUCGCCCAAUAGUACUUUUGCAGGCGAAAUUAGUUGAGGUCGGGCGUACAUGGAGUCGAGGCAUAGCCAACAGCAUUGCUUCCGCGUACUCAUUCUAUUUCUGUUUUCUUUGUUACUUAGUGGAUUAGUAUUGCUCUGAUAACCUAUGGGAUUAAUAUUGUUUUUGGGUUGAGACUGAUAUUUGUGAAAUUGGAGUUGUGAUUUGGGGAGCAGAUGGCUCCAGAAGAUUAAGGAUGGAUGAUUUAGAAGUGUAAAUGUUUUCCUACAGGUUUUGGGUAGCCUACUUUUAGGGGAAGUUCCGCCAAAUUUUUGGUAGAAUCUCUUCUAAAGUGGGCCCCGCAGGGCCACUUCGGAUUUCAGGGUGAAAUCUGGGGCGGGUCCUGUCAGGGCAAGUGAACCUGAGCCGCCGCCAGGGAGCGCCCAAGCUGAUCGAGAAUCUGAGGGAUUCGAUGUCCUACUGGCGGGGGACCUUCUGCGUUGCCACAGAGGGGUGGGAGUAUCAGGCUAGAGCGAACGAAGAAGGGCCGACGUUUAGGAUUAAGUCGGAGUUCCAACCUAUCCGAGCGGGACUGCGGUACAACCUAACGCGAGAGGAGGAGUGUCGCGUGGCGCGGAUCAGAGGCUGUUGGCGGAACCGCAACUUGCUGGACUUCCGACUUCUGACUGGCUGGGAGUUGUUAGUCGAGCAGAAACUUACUCGCUCCGUUGAAACUCCGCCAGGCAAUAAAGCCAGCCGCGACGCUUUCGAAAUAGCGAUGGAUCGUGCGAAGAUUGACAACUUCCUGGAGACGAUGUACGCCGAGGGUCUGGCGGCUCAGAAGACCCUGGUGAACCCCGAGACCCUGGUGGUAAGCCAGUCCGAGGUUCCUGUGGUGCUGCCAAUGCCGCACCACUCCCAUCUUGGUGAGGACGGUCUGCCGGUAGUGCAGGCGGGGGCCCAAGUGGCCGGCGGGAAGAGGGGAGGCGCUGUAGCUAGGCAGCAGAAAGAGCGGAUGCCUGCCAACAGGCGUGGCCCCCAAAAGGAGAAGGUGGUGCAGGCGGCGGAGACUGUCACUGCGCCAAGGGAGGAGCCGCUGGUGAGGGUGACGAGGACCGCCGCCGGGAACCAAAGGGCGCUGGAGAGAAAACGUCGGCAGGUUGACUUUCCUGACGAGGAAGAGGGGGAGGACGUGGAGGUAAUCGGGUCCCGUCGACAGAAGAAGGCCCGAGAAGCUUCGUCGAAGACUGUUGUGGUGGAGGGAGAAGCGCCCGCCGUUAGUGAGCUGGACUCAUUUGCCGAGUAUGCGGCGUUCAUGAUAGAUGGUGAGCGGGAGUUCCUCUUCCAUCUCUGCGAACGGCUUGGGUUCGGCGGCCUAGCGGGUAUCUCGCGCCCCACAGCAAUUGACCAAUCGCCCUUCAGCUUGGCGUUUGGUCAAAUAUCGGCGGGACUGCACGACAUGUUCGUGGCGGCGUCAAAGCAGCCCCUGGUCGAGGGGGAGCUCAGGGAGGAAAUCCAAGGUCUCCAGAGGGAGUUGGUGGAGGCGAAGGAGAAACUGGCGGAGGCAGAGCGGCGCCUGGCGAAGGCGGAGAGUGAUUUUACGGACGCCCGCGGUAAGCUCAACGUGGCCAUCGAGCGGGAUUUGGAGAGGAAUGAACGCGUCUCCAAGUUGGAGCAGGACGUCGCGCUGCUGCAGGAGCGGAUUGCCGCUAAGGACAAGAAACUCAUUAUCGUGCAGCGGGAGCCCGCCGCCAGGGUGACGGAGCUGAAGCGGCUGGAAGGCCAGGUCGCCCGCCUGAGGGCUGAAGGGGAUACUGCCGCGGCCGCCGCUGUUGAGGCAUUCAAGCAGUCGGCGGAGUUCAAGAAGGCGAUGACCGAGUCGGCGAAGGCUGGGGCCCUAGCAAACAUAGACAUGCUGAAGCGGAAGGGCGCCAUCUACUUCGCCAAAGCGUCACAGCCUGAUGCGCCGCCGGCCAAGAGUACCCCGCCGGAGAAAGCUGUCAUGCUCGCCCCAGCGGGAGGUGCCCGCUCAGGCAGCGGAGAAAGUGGCGCACAUCCGGCGGAAGGGUCCCAGCAGACUCCCAACCCUACCCCGUCGGAGGUGUCGCGCGCUGGAUUCCUGGCGGCGCACACCCGGGCGGAUGGCACCAUAGAGACCCCAAGUCCGACAGCGCGAGGGUCCGAUCAAACGAGUCGAGCGAUCGUGCCGCCGCCUGCUGAAGCAGAAUAUGCCGAAGGCAACCCCUGAAGCCAGCUGGGAUCGCUCUAGAUUUUC